GUUUUGCUUGUUUUUCAGAUUUUACUGAGAUGAUGAGGGCACUGGGGUAUCCCCGACUCAUAUCUAUGGAGAGUUUCCGUACCCCAAACUUCAUGCUUGUUUCUGAAGUGCUCUUCUGGCUAGUGAAAAGGUAUGAACCUCAGACUGAUAUUUCUCCUAAUGUGGAGACAGAGCAGGACCGGGUUUUCUUCAUUAAGGCAGUGGCUCAGUUCAUGGCUACCAAAGCUCACAUAAAGCUCAACACUAAGAACCUCUACCAGGCAGAUGGCUACGCAGUGAAGGAACUGCUAAAGAUCACCUCUGUGCUUUAUGAUGCUAUGAAUACCAAGGGAGUGGAACACAUGAAUUUGAGUGAGGAAGACAGCAGCAAGUUCAAGUUUGAUCUUGGCUCAAAAAUUGCUGACUUGAAGGCAGCUAGACAGCUUGCUUCCGAAAUCACCUCCAAAGGGGCAAGUAUGUAUGACUUACUUGGCAAAGAAGUCGAACUAAGGGAAGCAAGAACAGAAUCUAUUGCUAGACCUUUGGAGAUAAAUGAGGCUGAGAAGGUGAUGAAAAUCGCCAUCAACUGUGUUAUGGAAGAAGUCCAAAAGACUAAAGAUAUGUUGAAUAAUGUGGCUUUGGAUGAAGCCAGUUUGGAAGCCAAGAUUGAAAAACGGAAAUUGGAAUUGGAAAGAAGCCAAAAGAGGCUCCAGACUCUACAAAGUGUGCGUCCUGCUUUUAUGGAUGAGUAUGAGAAGAUUGAGGAGCAACUGCAGAAACAGUACAGUAGUUACCUAGAAAAAUUCCGUAAUCUGACCUACCUGGAGCAGCUCCUGGAGGAUCGUCGACGGACAGAGCAAGAAAUGUUUGAGGAAGCAGCAAACAUGCUCCGUCUUACGCAGAACAGGCUGAAGGAAGAGGAGCAACUCCUGCUUAAAGGUGCAACUAACGACGAUUCUGAUGUAGAGAUUACAGAUGAUGAUGGAUCCGACAGUGAAAUGCAAGACAGGCAGACCAGAAAGCAGCACACUUCCGUGGGAACACUGCUACAAGGAAGAGCUGGUGUACGGAUUGUGGGAACAAUGCAAGGUGGAGGUACAGAGGAAGAUGGGAGAUCUGCCUCAGGCACACCCAAGAUCAUCGCCAAGGCACAGGAGGACUCGGGGGAUAGCGAGAUUGACCUGGAUGAAGAUGAGGAAGACGAUGAUAUGGAAGACAAAAGCAUAGAACUCUCACCAAGAAAAUUUGUUCUCCAAGCAAGGAAGCCAGAGCCACUGGAGGAAAGUGAUAAUGACUUCUGAACCUGUAGUAGUAGGACCAGGAGACAUCUUGAAAUACAGACUUUGGAGAGCAUGCAAGCCAGGAGCUAAUAUCCCACCAUAUUUUCAGCAUGAAUUCAGGAGUCUUUAAAUAGUGUUCAUUAAACUUGAAAAUGAAACUUG